AUGCGAGCUUACCGGGUGCCCUUGGGAGAACCGGAGCGGGGUAGAGCUAAGCGGUGUCUUGCGGGUACAGUAUAUUUGAGUUGGCUCAUGUAUGAAAGCCCAUUCAAAGAUACUCCUCAAGAGGAGCGCGACGAGAUGGUGAAUGCGUUUACCACCAUUUCAGGAGCAGCGCAGUGGCAGAAUGCGGUUAAUUACUACUGGCACCGUUGGGUUAGUUUAACCCAUGAUAAGAAACAUGAGCGAUCUAUCGGUUUUGAUGUCAGCGAUGCGGGGUUGGUAGCUCGACAUAUAGGUGCGCGUGGUUACCGUCUUGGAUAUAACAGCCAGUACCUGAGGCAGAUGUUAAAUACGUGUGCUGCCAAGAGGGAUGCUAGACUCCGACAGGACUAG